CAGUUGAACUCCAACCACAGAGUAGGACGGUUGUUUUAUAAAAGUCUAUUUUAUUAGCCUCUAAUACAGAGAACCAACAGCUAUAACAGUGCGUCUCAAUGCAGAGAAGGUGAAGGAAUCCCUCUCCUUAGUUUGAUCAAGACGGACCUACAUUUUCUAUUUUUAUUCCUCAUCAUCACUUCGGAAUAAUCUUUUUGGAAUACAAUGUUAUAAAAAUCCUUCUGCGGACCAGGCUCCGAGUCCAAUGUGAGCCCGCUCCUGGACGGCGUUAGAGAGUCUCCACAGUGAGCCCGCUCCUCGACGGUGUUAGAGAGUCUCCACAGGGAGACUGGACGGGUCUAGAGAGUCUCCACAGUGAGCCCGCUCCCUGACGGCGUUAGAGAGUCUCCACAGUGAGCCCGCCCCUCGACGGUGUUGGAGAGUCUCCACAGUGAGCCCGCUCCUCGACGGUGUUGGAGAGUCUCCACAGUGAGCCCGCUCCUCGAGAGAGUCUCCACAGUGAGCCCGCUACUCGAAGGUGUUCGAGAGUCUCCACAAUGAGCCCGCUCCUGGACGGUGUUAGAGAGUCUCCACAAUGAGCCCGCUGCUGGACGGGGUUAAAGAGUCUCCACAGUGAGACUGGACGGGGUUAGAGAGUCUCCAAAGUGAGACCUGGACGGUGUUGGAGAGUCUCCACAGUGAGACCUGGACGGGCUUAGAUAGACUCCACACAGAGAGCCUCCUUCUUGACGGUAAAGUUAGUGGCACCAGUAGUUUCCCUUGGUCUGCUUGCACUGAGGCUCCUCGCGCUUCAAGAGGCAUCGCAGCAGGAGCACGCACCCUGGACCCGAUCGCUUAAAAAGGACCGUCACUGAACCAGACGUGUGGUGUGUGACUGACAGGCUAUCCCCUGUAGAUACGGCUGAAGUCCGGAGAGAAUGAAGUGUCAGCGGGUGAAGUAUGAGAGGUCAGGGAAUCGGUCCUAUUAGACUGCUGUCUGCGGCGCCCCUGUGGACCGCGUUCAGCCUCUGGCUCAGCUGCUGGAGCGGCGCCGGGGGAGCGGGGACCGCCGGGACCAGCGAUGGCCUGCCAGGAUCCACGGGCUGGCUGCUAUCGGAUAAAGGUCCCUUUCACCAGGCUCCGGAGUUCGCUGAGUCCGUCGAUAGAUACCAACAGGGCUUCAGCACCAGAUACAAAAUCUACAGGGAGUUUGGUCGAUGGAAGGUCAACAGUCUGGCGCUGGAGAAGCCGGGCGGCUUGGGGGGGCGGGGGGCUCCCGCGCCACCCCUCGACCCUGAGUUUGCGCAGGCAAUCCGCCGGUUGGGUCGGCGGCCAAGCCUCCAGACCAUCACCGACAACAUCAUCAGGAAGUAUGGGACGCACAUCAUCCUCUCGGCGACACUCGGAGGGGAGGAGUCUCUGACCAUAUUUGUGGACAAGAGGAAACUGAGCCAGGAGCCUUCGUCGGCAGGAAGUGAGUUCACCGGCGGUGGACACGGGGUGAACACCACAGGUCCCGUUACCCUGGAGACCUUGUAUCAGCUGGCCGCCUCCUACUUUACGGACAGGGAGAGCACCUUGCGCAGGCUGCACCACCUCCAGAUCGCAUCGACCGCCAUACGGGUGACCGAAACAAGAACGGGGCCUCUUGGAUGUAGUAACUAUGACAACCUGGAUACGGUGAGCUCGGUGCUGGUGCACAGUCCGGAGAACAAGGUUCUGCUUCAAGGAAUGCAGAUGGUCCUGCCACCCUACCUGAGAGGGCGCUUCAUCCAGGCUGCCCUCAACUACAUCGGCUGCAAGUCUAGAGGCCAGUUCGUGUGCCGGGCCAGUGACUGCUGGUGCCAGUGCAGCGCGGCCUUCCCCCAGUGUAACUGUCCCCUGGCGGACCUGCAGGCCCUGGAGGCCAGCCUGCGGGGGAUCAGGGACGCCUGGACCCUCAGCAACCUGGAGUUCCAGCAAUCUGACGAGUUCCAAGGCUUUGUGGGAAACUUGCCAGCCCAUCAUGCUGUAAACACUACCGUGGUGGAGCAGUUGUGGAGAUCGAAUGCCGGCCUACUGCAGCGCUACAGACACCUCAAGGCUAGCGGCGAUCAGCUAUUCAGUAAAGCGCGGCGCGCGGCUAACAAGCUCUUCAGCCUCAGCAAGAGGUGCCGAAAGCAGCCAAGAAUAGUCCUUCAGAGGGAGAGGUCUCUGCGCUACUGGCUGAACCACGUGCUGUCCCUCCUCUACUGCAGUCAGAACAACCAGGUGGGGGUGUACAGCGAGGCCAGCCACAGCUGCUCCUGCCCCCACCAGCCCUCCUCCUGCCAGGGCCCCGUCCCCUGCUCCCUGGGCGAGGGCCCCCUCUGCACCUCCUGCUCCGCCGAGAACCGCACGCGCUGCUCGGCCUGCAACGCCGGCUUCACCCUGACCCAGGGCACGUGCCGGCCGGCCGUGCCCGACCCGACGGAGCCCUGCCUGGGCCUGGAGAGCGACCGCGACCUGCAGGACCUGGAGCUGCGCUACCUGCUCCAGCGCGGCGACCCGCACAUCACGCUCCACGGCGUGUUUGUCAGCAACGACGUGCGCCUCGACGCCUGGUUCGACCCGUCCUGGAGGAAGCGCAUGCUGCUCACGCUCAAGAGCAACCGGGUCAAGUCCAACCGGGUGCACGUGCUCCUGGGCCUGGCCAUCACGGUGUGCCUCACCCGCAACAGCACCGUGGAGCCCGCCUUCUCCCUGUUCGUCAACCCCUUCGGCGGCAGCCACUCGGAGAGCUGGACCAUGCCCAUCGGCCAGCACGGCUACCCCGACUGGGAGCGUACCCGGCUGGAGACCCCGUCGGACUGCUACAACUGGACACUGACUCUGGGGAACCGCUGGAAGAGCUUCUUUGAGACGGUGCACUUCUACCUGCGGAGCCGGGCCAGGGAGGCCGGGAUGGCGGGGGCCUCGGCAGCCGGGACACCCGGAGGGGGCAGUGGGGCGGAGGUCGGGGAUGGUGCUAUGAAUGUGACACCUGGAGGGGCCAGUGGGGCGGAGGUGGGGGCGGUCAGGGCGAACGUGACGUCCUCGGGCGAUGUACCCGCGGUAGCGACGGAGCCCCCGGGCGGCAGCACCAUGGGCUACAUGAAGGUUAAGAGCAUGCAGCUGCUGGGGUACAGCGUGCACUUCGACCCAGAGGCCAUCCAGGACCUGGUCCUGCAGAUAGACUACCCGUACACCCAGGGCUCCCAAGACUCAGCCCUGCAGCAGCUGGUGGAGCUGAGGUUCAGGGUGAACCGCCUGUCCCCGCCGGGAGGGCUGCACGCCGACCUGUUCUCCUGCCUGCUCCGCCACAGACUCAAGCUGUCGGCCGCCGACGUGGCCAGGAUCCUCUCGGCCCUGCAGGUGUACCGCGCCAGACAGCCCGGCUACGUGGAGUACGAGCCCACCAAACUCUGUAGCUAGGGGCCUCAGUACCGCGUGCCCAUGUUUGUUUUUUUGUAUUGUUGUUAAAGUGGAUCAAUCAGGCUCAGCUAUUUUCUAAUGUAAGACGGUACUGCCUAAUACACACGUUGUGAAAAAAAUCCUUGUCUGCAACAUCAACUAUCCGAGAAAGAUGGGUCCAAUGUUUUUCCCCUGUAACAUUGGCUCCUCAGAAGGCUGUGGCGUAGCCGGAACCCUUCUGUUCAGCUGGCUCCAUCUGUGUCCCCAUUGUGUGUUUUCUGUAAGUAUACUGUGCAAUUAAACUGGAUGUUGUUUUUAUCACUCA